CAAUCUACACCAUGAAUUGUAUGUUAAUGACGGUCUGUAUGACCACAAAAGGUUCUGUAUAUUCUGUCCAGCUCGGCUGAUGACCUAAGACAGCAUGGACAGCCCGCCCAAACUAACAGGGGAAACGCUGAUUGUACAUCACAUUCCCCUUGUUCAUUGCCAGAUUCCAGACAGACAGUGCUGUAGUAUGGGCAAACGAUCAAACCCUUUCUGCCAUACUGAUCUAGGAAUCACAAGGACUACUUCUCUACCAGAGAAAGACCUACUUCAGAAGGAGACAUUAGUUUAUAGCAGCUUAAUUCAGGCCUCAUGUUUACCCUUUGGUGCUUCAGAUGAAAUUGAAGUCCGGCAUCCUGACUUAAAAGGAACAGGCGGUGAACAGCACAAUUCAUUCAUUCUCAAUGAGUACAUUGGCCCAGAAAACUCCAGUCACAGUUCCUUCCAUCUUCAGAAGAAUAGGAACAUGAAUAAACCACCAUUUCCUCUGCAUGAACAACCAUUUCACCUACAUGGCAUUGAAAACAUCACAAAGCAAUGGAGCCUGGCCAGCAGACAAGGGAUUGCGGAGGGUCAAGAAGAGCAGAAUGGUAUAGCUGACGGCAAGACGUCAAAUCAAAUCAUCAUGUCAAGACCACCUUCAGAUGAUCAAUUGGAGCUACCAAUGUGCAAUUAUAAUAACGGUAGCAGUUCAUCCUUAUUCUUUGAUUGUGAUCAAGGCUUGGACAGCAGCCCAGAUGGAUCAUUCAGAAAGCAAGAUUUACUAGAGAGUAGAACAUGUAGCAGUUCUAGCCUAGAUAUCCAACAAAACAGAGGUAUCUUUUCAGAUCAAUCUGAGAUAAUAGACAAUCAGCAUAUGACUUACAACAGUGAUUCAUCAUGUAACAGUUCUGAUGGUGUGCUGGUCAACUUUACUGCAAUCUACAAUAAGAUGAAAAGCCAGUCAAAGUCUAACUUGAGCUUGGGUAAUGUGUCCCAUGACUCUUCUUAUUGUGGUCAUCCAGAGAUGGGAGCAUUCUACUUGGAUCUACAUUCAUCGCCCAAUGAACCAAAGAAUUCAUGUGAGAUUCACAAUGAAGACAGUGUUAUGACAACCUGUUCAUGCCAUCAGCGAUGUUCGCCAGCUCUUGAUGCCAACUGCAAUUCAUAUCAUCUACCGUGUGAAAAUAUGCCCUGUUCUUCAGAAAAUUCUGAUUUCACUGCAUGCUUUCAAAGUCACGCAAGACUGGUUGUUGCAACACAAAACUAUUAUAAAUUAGUGACUUGUGACUUGUCUUCUCAGUCUACCCCCAGCCCAGUAGAGUCUUCAAUUACAAGCUGCUCAGAGGAACACACAAAAAGUACAAGUCCUGGCCAACCUACAGAGUAUUAUCUCUUCCAGAAACCAGAAGAUAUGAAAAAGGAUAACAGAAUUGAGGAGUGUGUUGAGGAGACAGCAAUGGUGGAAACUACUGAAGAUCUCAUUGAAGGUCAAGUGUAUGUGAAUGUUGCUGCAUCGAACACUGCUGGCAGGCAGAGAUCAAGGAGUUACGAUCGCAAUCUAGAUAAGAGCCCUUCUCCUCGGCUAGGAUCGUUGGAACGCAUGUAUAGCUGCCCGGGCAAGCUUAGUGAUGGUCAAUCUGGGACAUCUCAGAGAUCACCACCGAGACGAGUCACUUCAUUUGCUGAAAUAGCUCGAACCAGGAAGCGGAGCGGGAACUCACCACCGUUGAAAUCCAGUGGAGAGUCGUCUCUGGAGUUUUCUCCAAUAUUGGAAAAUCAGAAAGAAAAUCAUGUAUUUCUUAAUCUAGACGAAGACCAUUACCACAGUCUGCCUGGGAUCUCAUCCACAAGGGUGGAUUUGACAGCCUCAUGUGGCGCACCUUUUAUUCAUCGUUUCAACAAAAAGGGCAGCAAAAAUGUGUAUGAAACAGAUCACCUGGAAAAUAAGAUGUCCUGCAGAACCCAACAUUCUGAAGAAGCCACUCAGAAACUGGAACCAAUAAAUACAUUCCAUAACCAGAUGGCAAACGGUGCUUCUUUUGAUGGUGGAGUGAAAGCAGAAGGUGGUGGAGCAGAAGCCAAGGGAGUUAUCCGUUACAGUAAGGAGCAGCGGCCAACUACUUUGCCUAUUCAACCUUUCAUCCUUCAUCAUCCGUUGAGCAAGCAGCUUCCCAGGAUUCGCCCAGUCCAAAAUCACAGUGCAUCUUCUGUCUCGUACAUGUACAGUAUUCCAAAUAGUCAACUGACAACAAAUGAACAUUCAACUUGCACUUCUAGUUCUUCUGCUGGUACGGCAUCGCUUGAGAAUAUUGCAGGUCAGGCACAAAAAGGCUUUGAAGAUGAAACACAGGGAAGCUCUCUACCGAUAAAUGAUUACGGUUUGAGGAGACCUGCUCCAGAUGCAAUUAGGCCAUCACCACUGGGCAGUUACUCACCAGUCAGGAGCAAUCCAGUUGUCUUACAGAGUGGAGAUUCGUCCUCUUCUAUUCUCUCACCAGAAAGAAAUGAUGUUAGCCACCCUCCACGAAGCAAAUCUUGCCCCUUAUCUGCUAGUCUUCUUCCAGGGCGGUCUUCCCCACCACGAAGUGUUGCUUCACCUCAUAAAGGUCAACUUGGACAGACCAGUGAUGUAGGUAGGCAGGGAAGAAAGAGUCCCAAGGAAACGCAGAAGAAGGAACAAGGAUACUUUCAGACUGCACAGAUGUCCAGUUAUUGUCCACAUCAAAAUGUGUUCCUACCAUCUACUAGCUUAACAUCAAGUAGUGUCAGGAGGCCUCUAGAUUACCAGAGAGAUAACCGAGGUCAAGGUGGAAAAUCAGGGCAGAUAAACAGCUUGGCAUCAAGCUCCAUUGCUGCUAACCACCUUUCACCUCAGACAUUAAAGUGGAGGGAAUAUCGGAGAAGAAAUCCUCUCACUCAUGGUCGUGUGACUGGAUUUGUCAAUAAUUUGGAUCCUAAACUGUCAGGUGCUGGGAUGACUAGGAAGAAUGCCUAUCUGGAAUUCUCUGGCCUAAGUGGUGUUAACCAUUUACGUUCAAAGUUAUAUGGCCAGUCAGUCAAGCAGCUCCAGAGCUAUUACAACGAUUUCUUUCCAGAUUACUUCUCCCUGGCUGAGAAACCUCCGGCUGAAUUCUGCUUAUCCCCUGAUGGAAACACUGAAAGUGUCUCCAUUGACUUGUUACAGAAGAAAGGUCUUGUUAAGGCUGUGAACACUGCUGUUGAUCUAAUUGUAGCACACUUCGGGACAAGUAGAGAGCCUGGCGUGAAGGCCAAGCUCGGCAACAGUUCAGUAAGUCCGAAUGUGGGUCAUCUGAUACUUAAAUACCUGUGUCCAGCCAUGAGAAACAUUCUUCAGGAUGGGUUGAAGGCAUAUGUUCUGGACGUGAUUGUGGGACAAAGGAAGAACCUGCCAUGGACUGUGAUUGAGGCCUCCACUCAGCUUGGUCCUUCGACCAAGGCACUCAACAAUCUGUUUUGCAAGAUAAGUCAGUACACUGAAUUAACUAAUCACAGCAUUAGAUUUAAUGCUUUCAUCUUUGGUCUUCUCAAUAUUAGGUCCUUGGAAUUUUGGUUUAACCACUUAAACAAUCAUGAAGAUAUUAUUGGUGUCCACUAUCUGCCCACUGGCUUCCUGGCACUAUCGCACAGUGUUUGCCAACCGCUGUUUGAGGAGCUGCUUCUUUUACUGCAGCCUCUUUCAUUGCUUCCCUUCGAUCUGGAUUUGAUGUUUGAGCACCAAGUUAUGCAAAUGAACAAGGAGCAACUGAAGAAGAAGGAGCAACUGCGGGUGAAGCAGGACCUGCUGCAGUCUGUGCACUCCACCUUCCAGCUGAUGAGAACCAAAGGCGAUGGCGUUAGCUUCAGUUCUGGGCCUGAAACAAACAGAGAGAGCAGAUCGGAAGGAAUUGCACAAAGUGAAGAUGCAAAGGUUGCAACAGCAAGAGAUGGAAUAUUCGUGGAUGAACCAGAUGAAGAUGUACAGACUAUGGAGAGAAAGAGUAAAGAGAAAGUGAUUGCGAUGAAGAAGGAUAAGCAGGCAGGGUGGUGGUACCAGCUCAUGCAGAGCUCCCAGGUGUAUAUUGAAGGGUCUGGGGAUGGAUCAAAUUUUGUAAAAUGGGAGAAGAGAAAGAAGCAAAGUACAGCUGCAGCACCUCAAUGGCAAAGGGGAGGAAUAGAGAAGGUGCCCCUGCGAGAAGGUGUUGCAGAAGGAGCGGAGAAUGGGUCCGUUUGUGGACUGGAAAAAUCAAACAUUACAAGUGUUCCAUGUCGUCACUCCAGAGAGGGAGCAGCAGCUAAGGAACAUCGGGGGGAAGCUCAGACCAAGGGCCCUAAAAAGGAAGCUAAGCCCUCCUGGAUGGGCAGCCCUCCAGAGUCUAUGCUCCACGAACUUAAACCCAGUAAAGCAAAUGGAAACAUGGUGACACGUGAACAAGCUGCAGAAGGAAAGCCAAGCCAAGAGCUUGCCGCGGGCAGGCCAGGGAUGUGGUGGGGUCGCUUGUUUGGUGCAAGUGUAAAUCAGACUAGAAAGGAAGAACCAUGUCUGGGGAAAUCCCAGAGAAGCAGGUUGCCCUCUGGCUGGUUGGGACUUGAUCAAUCAGUGUAUGAUCUAAUGGUGCAAACUAUGGGAACUGGGAAAUGGAGAGGACCUCCACCCACAGUAGAACAAACCCCACAACAGUCUGGAGGUAGUCAGCCUGAAUCUCAAGAAACAAAAGCUCAGCAUGAGCGAACAGUGAAAGCACUUUGUCAUCACAUAGCAACCGAGAAGGGACAGCUGAGCUUUAAGAAAGGCGACAUUCUGAGGGUGGUAUCCAAAGUCGAUGCAGAUUGGCUGCUGUGUGGCCUUGGUGCUGAGUGUGGAUUGGUACCCAUUAUGUACGUGACUCAUCCAGAAGAUGAAGACUAUUAAUCUGAAUGCUCAAAGAACUGUGCAAAAUGAAUGGUGGUGGGUGGGAGAGAACGGAGAGAAAGUGAACAAAUUAACUUCCAACAAGAUCAAAUCAAGCAAAAGAAACACAAAAUUGCCAAUAUUUAUUUGCUUAUUCCUUUAAUCGUCAUUGAGUGCAUUCAGUAAACAAUAACAAAUAGGAAAUAUUUCUCCUCACUCAAUUCUCGUUCUAGUGUUAGUGACUAUAUGCAUGCAUGGCACACAACCCCAUUUGUUCUAAUUUUCACAUGCCUUGAAUAGUAUAUGAGCAGCUUUAAAUUUGACAGCCUUUCCUGUAAGUGGUACAGAAUUAGUAUAUGUUACAGUUUUUAUUAUUUAAUAAUGUACAUCAAAGUUUUAUUUGAGAUUGUGUAAAUUGCAUGAAUUUGUGACGUGCAGACAACAGGCAGUAUUUCUGUUUGUGAAAGACAGUAUUGGUGCCUUGAUUGGAUGCUGGAGGGUGACUUUGCUGCCUACCCUUGCAAACCAUUCGAUGAGAAUGUUUCAUGUUUCAGCUAGCAGAGGAAUCAAUGAAAAUAUAACAAUUUGUAGUAAUAUAUACCUCCUGCUUGUACAUAUGCA